AUGCUGGACGACGUCUCGGUCCUCACGACGGGCUCGGCCGCGAGCCGCCGGCCGAAGCGCCCCUGGACGCCGGUGCAGACCCUCGCGUCCGUCGACAGCCGCCCGGCGAGCACGCGGAGCGACCGGUCCAUCACGUCCGUGAGCCUGAACGAGUCGUUCCGGCGGCGCAAGCACCGCUACCCCCCGUACACGCCCGGCACCUUCGGGUGCGCGCGGCGCUUCCCGCCGGACGAGCAGCGCAUCUCGCCGAUCGGCGGGGUGGAGUUGGGGUGGCCCGGGAAGACGUGGCGGCCUGUGUGGAAAUAAACCAGUGCGUCGGGUGCACGCGGCCGUCCUGGCUCCGUCGAACGGUGAGGCACCGGCAACGCCACGCCAUCGAGCAGGCGUCGCAUCGAUGGCGUGGAGGACGACGCGAUGAUUCAGCACGAGCGCGCCGUAAAACUUUUAUUUCUACACAGGCGGCGGCGCCGGUUUAUCAACACGUCGCCCUGGCUCGCGCCGCGCCGCGACGACGCCCACUCCUUCACGCGGGACGCCCGCGUCAAGCUCUCCGAGGACGAUGGGUCCUUGCUGAGCGCGUGGAGUCCCGAUUCGCAGGCGCGGCCCGCGGGCCGGCGCUCGCUCGUGAGCCAGCCGAGUACGCUGUCCGUCCGCAGUCGCUGCUCGACGCCCGUGGAGCGGCGGCGCCAGGCGACCCGAGAGGCGACGAAUCCGCAACGCCUCCGGGCAGCCAACGCCAAGCUUAAGAAACGGCAGGCGGCGCGCGACGUCCUUUACCUCUACGAGCGGCGCUUCGAGGUGCCCUUCGCGGAGCCCUGCAUUAAUGGAGACAAUCGGCCGAUAACGGCGCCGGGCAACUGCUGGCUGGAGAAGAGCAUGCUGCUGCCCCAGCCGGCGACGAGCACGCGCCUGCGCCACAACGUCGAACGCCCUCGGGCCAAUCAUUAUCAGCGCGACGGCCGGCCGAAGACGCCCGGCGCCGGACGCGCGCGGCGCCACGAGUCGAAGUGGUUCCAGACGCUCGGGCUCGCGCGGUCGAUCGCCCUGCGCGCGUGAACAUAUCCGCCCGUCGAAAGUUAGUAUGCGUGUUACUAGCCCCAGAUC